AACCGGUCCUCCUUCGCCCUCUACCCCCUGAUGCCCCCUCCAUCUGCUCACAGAGGAGACUGAGAAGAGCGAGCAGAAUAAGCCAGUGGCUCCACUGGUGGCCACUUUAGAGGAUGACGAGGACAACAUGGCACAGUCCCAGUCUGGCAGAAACAAGCGGAAGUCAAUAUGGCCGCCCAGGGACAUGGAAAAGAGACCACAACCAUGGGCGGGUCCACACCCAUUCGCUGACGAGAUCCAAGAGGUGCAACAACCUGGGAAAGACGGCAACGAACCACAGACACUGACUGGGCAGACAGAAAAGACCAAGGGGGAAAAGGCACCACUCGGGGCCACCAGAGGAGGCCUUUCCCAGCCCAGCUCCAGCCUUGCCUGGCCUCCCUCCCUCACUUCAGCCCAGACGGUGGUGGUGUCCCCCCUGAGUCGUCCGGAGGGCCCCUGGCCCCGGGCUCUGACCCUGGAGGGAGCUGGUUCAGAAAGGGGAGCCCUGGUCCAGAGACUGGCUGGACUGGAGAAGGAGGCUCAGAGGCUGAGGAGGAUACUGGGUUCCAACGCACCCCCAGCAAUGCAGGACACUGUGGUGAUGACAGAGGCUGCCUCUGGGGAUAAGGCAUCUGGUGGGGCGGGGGCGGAGACAACGGUGGCCAUGGUAACCAAACAGGACCCAAAGGAGUGUGAGAGCUCAGCUUCCCCUGGCAUACCAGGGCUGGUUGUGGAGGGCAUCCAGCCCCAGAGAGAGCAGCCUGAGCUGGGCAGGCUGAGGAGGGAGAAGGCUGACCCCCAGAGCAGGCUGAGACAGACUGACAGCCCAGUGACCAGGGACCAGAGCUCCCGCAUUGUGCAGGAGAACCUCCACAAAAUCCGAGGGAACGUGGUGGCUCUGCUGUCAGCCAUCCUGCCCCACCUGGACCUGCAGGGCAUCAGCCUGGAUACGCCAGACGUAGACAGCAUCCUGCAGCAGAUCAUAGACGCCAACUCACUGUCUCCACUCUAGAACCCACUCUCAGUGCUCUAGAACCCGCUCUCAGCACUCUAGAACUCACUCUCACCACUAGUACUUAUGCUCACCACUCUACUGUAGGUAACAUAUCGUUUAUUUUUCCAUACCAACCUGGAACCCCUAUGUCCACAACACAUUAUCCACACACUGACUCACAUUGUAAUGGCUGACCCAUCUUAAUAGCCCGACUGACUAUCACAUUGUAAAUACUUCAUCCCCAAUUGACCCUGCCUAAGUUCAGAUGCGUUGUACUGUACUCGUUGAGUGUGAGAUGUUGUAAUACUGUACUCAGAUCAGCUUGCUAUGCUGUAUGUUUUACCUUCACCAUAUGUAAAGGAUCCACAUAAGUAACCAGCAGUCUGCUUCAUUUAAUAUCAUGUGUUAUUACUUGUCAAUCAGAGACCCUGGCUUGUGUGAGAGAAGCUGAGAAGCCUAUUACUGUUUGCUUUUCAUCCUUGCUACUGUUUUUAAUACGUUUGUUAAUUAUUUUGUCAUUUUAAUAUAUGAACAUGUUCCUUGAUAGUGUUAGGGCUGGACUUAAACAACCCUGUCAUUACAAUGUUUUAUAGUUUUACCCUUCGUUUGCUUGCAUAUCUUUUUAAAGAAAAUCAACCAGG